AUGGCACCCGUCGACAAGAAGGAGAUGAACGAGAAGAUCGCCAAGGUGAAGGAGGUUGUGCGUGGCAUCGGCCAGAACGAGAUCGUGAUGGCCCUUCACUCGUUCGAUCUGGACGUCGAGAAAACCAUCCAAGCUUUGUGCGAAAAUCGGACCGCUGUGCUUGACGAAUGGGAAUCCUCGGCCGCCACCAAGAAGCAGAAGAAUCGCGCCCAAAAGAAGAAGGUGGCCGCGGACACCGCCUCCACCACCACCGAGACUCCUUCCGUUUCCUCUAAAACGGAGACUGUCCUGCCGUCCGUCGCCAUGAAAUCUCAACCAAAGAAGCAGCCAGCCCAAUCCAACGGCUACCGCGCCCCACCCGUAGCAAAUAAAGAAAACGGGGGCGAUGCUGAGUGGCUGAAAACUCACGACAAGGAAUCUUCCGAAAUCCUGGCCGCAUUCACACAAGAAUGCAAGCGGGGCAAUAAGGAGAUCCGGUCGACUUUUGACGCCAUCCGGCAAGCCCUUGCCAACCGUGAGAAGAUUCUUUUGGACGCGCUCCAACGCAGCCAACAAGAUGCUGAGAAGCUGAUCCAGGAUAACAAGAGCACCUCAAAGUCCCUGCUGAGCCGUGUUGGAGCCGUACGUGGUGACGCCGGUGUUGCUGGCGAUCUAAAAGCCUUUGCCAACGCUCGCCGAGCCGAACAACAGCUUGCGAGCGCUUCUGCUUUCACGUACGACAUGUCCCAGCUUUUCGAUGCGCUGAACAAGUUUGGCAGCGUUCCUGAAGUUACACGCACCGGGACACACUUCUCCUCAUUCGCGGCAGCUUCGCCGUCGCCGAUCCGUCACGCAGCGUCUCAUUCCAGCAUCAUCAGCUCUGACCACGAUUCCGGCGUCGGUGGACACAUCUCGCCCGUUUCUAUUGAUGAAAAGAAGCAGGCCGUCGUUGCCAAGCCGCUCUCCCAGAUCAAUGCUGGAGGGCUACAGGUCUCUUCUGAUGGUCUAACCCCGGAACAGCUGGAGAAUCUCCAGAAAAUCAUGCAGGCUCAACUCGCCGCCUCCGGUAUCGACGCGUCUGUCGUGGCCGGCGGUGCCUCCAAUGGUCUCAUUGCUGCUCGCCCUCGCAAUAAGAAUAAUAACAACAACAAAGAUAAGCGACAGGGUCCAGGCCAGAACGGCAAGCCAGCUAACGGCAUGAAGAAGAAUGAGAAAGCUCCCCAAAUCUCUAUCCUUGGU